GAUUCGCCCAAGCUCAGCCACUCACGUAUUUAAACGGAUCUGAGAGGUGCCAAUAGAACAAACGAUACACGUCUUUCUCUCUUCAAACGGGAUUUGAGUAGACGACAGGCGAUGAAGGGGACGUACGUGCUCGCCGUCGCCUUCCUGGCAUCCUGGACCGUGGCUAUCGCGAGCGAGGAGGAGCUCGUGCAACCAGACAAACCUGGAAAAGAGUUGACUAAAGUGUGGGGUCGCGUCCUCACAAUAUGCCCAUUCCCGGAGAGAUUCCCCGAAAACACCACGACCAAUCUCGCGCACGAGAACGAUUGCACUAAAUUCUACAAGUGCUUCUUGGGCAGAGGAGUGCCUCAGCUCUGUCCCUACAUGGAGAAGGGUAGUACGCGAAGACUGCACUACAAUAUAUUCGAACAAGUCUGCGAUUGGCCAUGGCGGGCUGGUUGCACUAGCUGCCCUAAGAAAGAUGAAGACGGUGAUUAUCUGCCAUCGUCCAUGAUCCCGCACGAAAGUGGCGAUUGCAGCUUGUAUUACCAGUGCGACAAUGGUGUCAAAUCACUGCGUCGAUGUGGGCCCAAUACAUGCUUCAGCCGUACAUGCCAGCGUUGCGUCCAAAAUCCCAGAGGGGGUGUCUGCAACGGAGACUGGGACCCCAUACCACCGCCAACACGACCUACGCGACCACCUCCUACGCGACCACCUCUAUGCAGGACCGGCAACCGACGACCUCAUCACUGUAACUGCGGCAAGUAUUACGAAUGUUACGACGACGAGGACUGGAUCCUUCAGGAGUGCGAUGGCGGUCUCCACUUUAGCCCCAUCAACCUACAAUGUUUGCCGCCGGACGAGGCUAGAUGCCGGCUCGACGCAUAGAAAAACUGGUGACUGUUCGAAGCCAAUUCCCAAAAACGGACGAUAUCACGAGCGCGAAUUACAAGUCACUUCAUGGAUGUUAAUAUAGAGAAGAUUCCGCGUCACCGAUUUUGGGAAUUCAACUUCGAUGAGGAUAGAGUACGAUUUGUUGAUUGAACGACACCUGGAAAACGACAAAAUGCUCAAAUGUAAAGAAUUGCUGAGACAAUCGUUGGGCAUAGAUGACCCUCGAUCUCGGAGGAUAAGAAAGCCGAAAGUAGUGACGCGUACGAAUCGCGUACGCUUGCCACAGUUAGAUUAUCAUAUUUGUACGAGUAGCUCAGACUCCUAAGAUAUUUUAAUAAAUCCGAAUAAUAAAUAAAA